AUGGCCCCCGAUAUUAAUGCAAUGGCCAAUUGGGCCACCGAUGGAUAUGCGAACAAUCAGGUCCCCCGCAAGGAGGAGUACGAGAUUCCUGAUAUUGUCCUCAAUGGACCUUACACCCGUAAAAUCCGCGUUCUGUCCAUCGGGGCAGGCGUGACAGGGAUCAUGAAUGCAUACCAUAUUCAGAAGUUUUGCGAGAACGUCGAGCACGUCAUUUAUGAGAAAAAUGCAGAUAUCGGUGGGACGUGGUUGGAGAAUCGAUAUCCUGGAUGUGCAUGUGAUAUCCCAAGCCAUGCAUAUACUUACCCGUUUGCGCUGAAUCCCGACUGGCCCCGCUUCUUCUCAUACUCGCCAGACAUCUGGAAGUACCUGGACAAAGUUUGCGAAGUGUGGGGUCUCCGCAAGUAUAUGACCUUCAACACCGAAGUGGUUGGAUGCUACUGGCAGCAACAGACCGGUGAAUGGCUGGUCAAGCUUAAGGAAACCAAUACUACCACCGGUGCGACGCGCAUCUUUGAAGACCGUUGCCAUGUCUUGCUCCACGGCACCGGAAUCCUCAACAAUUACAAAUGGCCCAAUAUCCCUGGCAUCGAGAAGUUCAAGGGCAAGGUCCUCCACACGGCCAGGUGGGAUAAGGAGUACCAAGAGGAACAGUGGAAGAAGGACAAAGUCGUCGUGAUUGGCAGUGGCGCCAGUAGCAUUCAGACUGUGCCUACUAUGCAGCCACAUGUUAAACAGAUGGAUGUGUUUGUUCGGACUGGCGUCUGGUUUGUUCAAAUCGCCGACAACUUUGGUGCAAACCACUCGUACACGGAUGAACAGAAGCAGUCUUUCCGCGAUCCCUACAAGAUCGUGGAGCAUGCCAAAUCGAUCGAAGAUCAAGUCAAUGGCCUUUGGGGUAGUUUCUAUAAGAAUUCCGAGGCACAAGCUCAGGGCCAAUUAGCGCUCAAGCAACGUAUGGGCGAGAUGAUCAAAGAUGAAAGACUUCUAAAGGGAUUCACCCCGACAUUUGGCAUUGGCUGUAGGAGAAUCACCCCUGGCGAUCCGUACAUGGAGGCUAUCCAGAAACCAAAUGUCAACGUCCACUUCACCGAAGUUGUCGAGAUCGAUGAGACUGGAGUGAUUGGCAAGGACGGCACACGCGUGGAGCCGGACACAAUUGUGUGCGCAACGGGCUUUGACGUGUCGUAUCGACCACGCUUCCCUAUCGUGGGUCAAUCUGGCGUCGACCUGGCCGAAAAAUGGAAAGUGUGCCCUGAGGGAUACCUAGGGUUGGCGAUUCCAGACUUUCCCAACUUCCUGACAUUCAUCGGACCCAAUUGGCCUGUGGAGAAUGGCUCGGUCAUGGGUCCAUUAAUGCAGGUCAGCAUGUACGCGGUCCAGCUGAUCAAGAAGAUCCAAUCCGAGUAUAUUGCCAGCAUCGCGCCCAAGCAGGACGUGACCGACGCCUUUAACGAGCACUGCCAGGAAUGGGUGCGCCACACCGUAUGGGUCGAGGAUUGUCGCUCGUGGUACAAGAACAAUGAGACGGGCCGAGUCAAUGCCGUCUGGCCCGGGAGCUCGUUGCACUACACCGAGGUCAUCAAGACCCCGAGAUACGAGGACUUUGACAUCGAGUAUCUGGGACCCGCUAAGAAGAACCAGUGGGCUUUCCUAGGCAUGGGUACGGUCAAGGCCCUCGUCAACAAGGAGGAUGUGAGCCCCUAUCUGAAUGUCGAGAACAUCGAUCCCAAGUGGAUGGAGGCCACUGGCAUGGAUGUUGGCAAGCUCAACGAGACCAAGCUGAAGGAGCUGCAUGAAGAAACGAAGAAACUGUCCAUCAAGAGCAAGGAGAACAUCGACAAGACUCAAGUCAAUUGA